CUAAAAAAAAAAUUUUGACAACUCAAACGUCAGUUAAAAAACAAAAACAACAAGAAAAAAAUUUGACAUAAGCUGUAAAAAAUUUCUAUGCAAAAAUCAAUUUUACAAUUUUUAUUUUUAAAAUUCUAAUAAGCUAAAAAGAUGUCUUUGAAGCCGAAAGUUGUUAAUUUCAAUACAGUUUGGCACGAUUUGAGAGAAACUGUCGAAGCAGUAAUAACACUUGGCAAUGUUAAACGUGAUGUCUGGAAUAAUAGAUUUAGCGAUGUUUAUUCAUUGUGUGUUGCACAUCCAGAACCAUUAGCUGAAAAGCUGUAUUUCGAGACGAAACAAUUUUUAGAGAAUCAUGUUCAAAAUAUGCUUGUUACAAAAGUUGCUCCACAAAAAUCAACUUCGACGCAAGUUGAUAAAAAUCUUCCAGAUUUAUUACAACGUUAUUAUGAUGCUUGGUCGCAAUAUAGUAGAGGGAUAUACUAUUUGGAUUGUUUAUAUUUAUACCUCAAUCAGCAGCACAUAAAGAAACAAAAACUCUCGGAUGCAGAUAUAACAUAUUGUAAGAUCUGCCCUGAAACACAUGAUCUCAAGGAAAUCGGUGAAUUAGGUCUCGAUAUUUGGCGGAUCUAUAUGGUCGAAACUCUAGGUAAAGAACUCGUUGAACACAUUUUGGAAGGCAUAAAGUCCGAUCGCUGCGGGAGUCCAGAAAUUAAUUCACAGCGUGUACAAAUCAUAAAUGGAGUUAUUCUGAGUUUUGUUCAAGUACAAGACUACAAAAAGACAGGAUCUCUAAAGCUAUACCAGGAUUUGUUCGAAACACCAAUGUUAGCAGCUAGCGCACAAUAUUACAGCAGUGAGGCAUCUAAAUUAUUGCAAAGAUGUUCGGUUAGUGAAUACAUGGAAGAAGUUAUUAAAAUACUCGACGAUGAAAAUAAACGAGCACAGAAAUUCUUGCACUUUAGUUCUUUAUCAAAACUACGCAAACAAUGCGAAGAGGGCUUCAUCAAUGAUCGUUUAGAUUUUCUCUAUUCCGAAUGCAAGGAAAUGGUUUCGCAAGAGAAACGCAAAGACUUACGCAACAUGUACAUUGUGCUCAAACCAAUUCCCGAUCGUUUGAAGGGUCUUUUGAUACAAACAUUUUUGGAUCACAUCAAAAACGAAGGAAUCGAAACAAUUUCCACCCUCAAGGGUGAAAAUAUGCAUAUUCAAUUUGUCGAGAAUAUGUUGAAAGUCCAUCAGAAAUAUCAAGAACUGAUUGCUGAUGUCUUUGAGAAUGACUCAUUGUUUCUGAGUGCAUUGGAUAAGGCUUGUGCUAGUGUAAUCAAUCGACGUCCCAAUGAUCGGCAGCAAUGUCGAAGUGCUGAACUUGUUGCGAAAUAUUGCGACACUUUGCUGAAGAAAUCUAAAACAUCUGAAACAGAAGUUGAUGCAAAGCUAACUAAUAACAUUACAAUAUUUAAAUAUAUUGAAGAUAAGGAUGUCUAUCAGAAGUUUUAUAGUCGAAUGUUGGCCAAGAGGUUAAUCCAUGAGCAGUCACAAAGCAUGGAUGCUGAAGAAGCAAUGAUAAACCGGCUCAAGCAAGCAUGUGGUUAUGAAUUUACUAAUAAACUACACCGAAUGUUCACUGAUAUCUCGUUAUCUGCUGACUUAAACAACAAGUUCAAUAGUCACUUGAAGAAGGAAAACACGGAUUUAGGAAUAAAUUUGUCAAUAAAAGUUCUACAAGCUGGUGCAUGGCCUCUAGGACCAACUCAAGUUGUAAUACCAUUUGCUGUACCGCAAGAGUUUGAAAAAUCAAUAAGAAUGUUUGAAAAUUUCUACCAUACAUCGUUUAGUGGUCGUAAAUUAACUUGGCUACAUCAUCUUUGUCAUGGCGAGCUCAAAAUUGGUUUCUUAAAAAAAACCUACAUAGUUACAAUGCAAACUUAUCAAAUGGCAAUGCUAUUGCUCUUCGAAACAUGUGAUUCGUUGACAUGCAAAGAAAUCCAAACCACAUUACAAUUAAAUAAUGAAACUUUCCAAAAACACAUGCAAUCAUUAAUUGAGUCGAAAUUAUUAUUAGCAAGUUCGGAAAGCUUAGAAGGUGAAACCAAAAUUGAAUUGAACUUUGAAUAUACAAAUAAAAGAACAAAGUUUAAGAUAACUGCUGCUAUGCAACGUGAAACUCCGCAAGAGGUUGAGCAUACAUUGAGUGCGGUGGAUGAAGAUCGAAAACUCUAUCUGCAAGCAGCUAUUGUGAGAAUUAUGAAAUCAAGAAAGGUUUUGAGGCACAAUGCGUUGAUUCAAGAGAUUCUAUCACAAUCAAAAGUUAGUUUCACGCCCAGUAUUUCAAUGAUUAAAAAAUGCAUCGAAUCUCUUAUUGAUAAGCAGUACAUUGAGAGAACUCCGAAUUCGGGUGAUGAAUAUAGUUAUGUUGCAUAAGACGAAUUAAAUAGAUAAAUUGCACCUUGGAGUCGUCGAAGAUUUUCAAUAAAAUAAAAGUGGAUGAAGUGGACCUUUCGAUCGCGAUCUGAUAAUUUUGUUCUUUAAUUUUGUGUUCAAAAUAUGCAUGAGUUAGUAGGCAGCACGAAUUGACGUCACAACAUUCAUCGCUCCUUAUAUAUAUUUAUAUACCUACUCUCUUGGCCGAAAUUUUUUUUUUCAUUUUUUUUUCUUUUUUUUUUUUAAUUAAUUGGUAACUAAGUAACUUAUAAGUUGUAUGGCCAUGAGCAGUAAUAUUGGAAUAAAAAUUCUUUUUUUAAGCAGAAGACAA